ACUGGCAAUUGGUAGGGUUGUCUGUGUGGUACAAUGGCUUUUGUGGGGCACAUCCAUGGGGCUAUGCAGGUUUUUGGCACCCCAUACACUUGCAUCUUGAGAGCUGUUGUAUAACUUGGGCUGAUUCAGCUCUACCUACAUGCACCGAGCAAAUACGUAUACAGGAAGGCAAAUGUAAUCUGCUUUUCUUCCAGCAGCUGGUAAUGCACCGCUUGGCUUCCUGAAGAGCUCAGCUUCGGUCUCCCUGCCUGUAAAACAAUGUCAUUUCUCCUACCGUGCCCGAACAGCUUGCUCUGGGUGCUGUCGAGGCACAUUAAGUUUCAGCCGUUCAACACUGGAAAUUCAUUCAAGACGUUUUUCCAUGCUCUCUGGUGGCUGCUGUUGGGAAUAAUCGCAGUUUCCCCUCCGGUGCAUUGUUCCAUUUUUAAAAUUGGACUGCUCGGACCCUGGGACUGUGAUCCCUUCUUCUCCAAAGCCUUUCCCCAUGCAGCUGCCAGGUUAGCAGUGGAACGAAUAAGCAAAGACCCUUCGCUAGACCUUGGCCAGAGAUUGGAUUAUGUGGUCCUGCAAGAAGAUUGUGAGACAUCAAGAGCUCUGGUUAGAUUCAUUGACUUUGGAAAAUUUUCCUCAGCUUUUGUAGGCCCUCUGAACCCUGGCUUCUGUGAGGUGGCUACACUUUUAGGGGAAAACUGGAAUAAAACCAUCUUCUCAUGGACGUGCAUCAAUUAUAAACUGGAUUCCACCACCCAUCACCCUGCAUUUGCCAGGACCCUGCCCUCUCCAACCCAAGUUUUGUUUACAGUCAUGAAAUAUUUUAACUGGGCUCACGUUGGCAUCAUUGCUUCGAACCAGGAUGUUUGGAUGGACACAGCCAACAAGUUAGCGAGUGCACUCAGGAACGAGGGUCUUCCUGUAGGCAUUGUUACAGCCAUGGGUAAAGGAGAAAAAGGCAUUGAAGACACUUGGAACAAGAUCAAAAAAGUUGGUGGCAUUAAAAUUAUACUUCUGUGCAUGCAUUCUGUGCUCAUUGGAGGGGAGGAACAGGCCACCUUACUCACAAAAGCUCAGGAAAUGGGACUAACGGAUGGAAGAUAUGUCCUCAUUCCAUAUGACACUUUACUUUACAGUCUACCUUACCAAAACAACUCAUUCUAUGUCCUUGACAAUGACACCAAGCUCCAGGAAGCAUAUGAUGCUGUGCUGACUAUUACACUGGAGUCUGGAAACAGGACUUUUUACGAUGCAUUCAGGGAAGCUAAAGAAAAUGGUGAAAUAGCCAGGGAACUGGAAGCUACACAGGUUUCUCCACUCUUUGGGACAAUCUAUGAUGCCAUUUACUUCAUGGCAAUGGCUAUAAACAGUGCUCGGAAAAAAGGAGCCUGGGUCUCAGGAGUUAACAUAACAGAACACACGAAAAAUGUCAGUUUCCCUGGAUUUAGCCAGUGGGUAGAGACAGACAGCUGUGGGAAGUGGCUGAGCAACUAUGUGGUACUGGACACAGAUGGUCAUGGGAGCCAGCUCUUCCCAACCCACUUGCUGGACAUGUCUUUAGACGAUGUGAGAUCCCUCGGCCAGGACAUCCACUUUCCCAGUGGAGCCCCUCCCAAGGCAGACUGCAGCUGUUGGUUCGAUCCAGAUGUUCUCUGCACUGGAGGAAUUGAGCCUACAAUCAUGAUUUUGGGAGCAAUGUUGGUAUUUGCCCUGGUGCUUUGUGCUGUGGGCCUAGCUUAUCUUAUCAGGCAUAGCAUCCUGAACAGCCAGUUAUUCAGGGGGCCUAACAAGAUAAUACUGACCCUGGAUGACCUUAUCUUCAUCAACCCAGAGCUACAUAAAAAGAGGCUGACCUUGGACAGCCUGACUGAUGCAAACAGCAUAGCAGCCGAAACCAGAAGCCAGAAGUCCCCAACCCGCUCCUUUUCCUUGAAAAGCACAGCUGCUACCCACGAAACCUCCAACGUAGCUUUGUAUGAGGGCGACUGGGUGUGGCUGAAAAAAUUUGAGACGGGAGCAAUUCACCAUCUGCGGCAAAGCUCCACCAGCAUCUUGAGGAAGAUGAAAGAUUUGCGUCAUGAAAAUGUGAAUCUGCUCCUGGGCUUUUUCUCUGACUGUGGCAUCUUUGCCAUAGUGACAGAGUACUGCUCCCGAGGAAGCCUGGAAGACCUACUGAGAAAUGAAGAUAUGAAACUGGAUUGGAUGUUCAAGUCCUCCCUCCUGAUGGAUCUAAUUAAAGGAAUUAGGUAUUUGCACCACCGAGAUUUUGCCCAUGGACGUCUGAAGUCUCGUAACUGUGUUGUGGAUGGACGGUUUGUGCUGAAGAUCACCGACUAUGGUUAUAAUGAGCUCUUAGAAGCACAGAAAUGCCCUUAUAUUCAGCCACCCCCUGAAGAAUUACUCUGGACAGCACCUGAGUUGCUGAGGGACCCAGACAUGCGCAGAAAAGGCACAUUCAAAGGAGACAUUUACAGCUUUGCAAUUAUCCUGCAAGAAGUGGUUGUUCGGGGCCCACCAUACUGCACAUCAGACCUCUCAGCUGACGAAAUUAUCAAGAAGGUGAAGAAACCCCCUCCCUUGUGUCGCCCAAACAUAGCCCCUGAGAUGGCUCCCCUGGAGUGUAUCCAGGUAAUGAAGCAAUGCUGGGGUGAAGCCCCCGAACGACGUCCCACCUUUGAGGAGGUAUUUCACAAGUUCAAAACCAUCAACAAAGGCAAAAAGACCAACAUCAUUGACUCAAUGCUCAGAAUGCUUGAGCAGUAUUCAAGCAACCUGGAAGAUUUAAUCAGGGAGCGGACGGAAGAGCUAGAGAUUGAAAAACAGAAGACAGAGAAACUCCUAUCGCAAAUGCUUCCUCCAUCAGUGGCAGAAGCCCUCAAGACUGGUGGCACUGUGGAGCCUGAGUAUUUUGACCAGGUCACCAUCUACUUCAGUGACAUCGUGGGCUUCACAACCAUUUCAGCCCUCAGUGAACCUAUUGAAGUAGUUGACCUCCUGAAUGACCUUUACACUUUGUUUGAUGCUGUUAUUGGAAAUCAUGAUGUUUACAAGGUAGAGACAAUUGGCGAUGCCUACAUGGUUGCCUCAGGGCUCCCAAAACGGAAUGGAAACAAGCACGCGGCUGAGAUAGCCAACAUGUCCUUGGACAUCCUCAGCUCAGUGGGAACAUUCAAGAUGAGGCACAUGCCAGACAUCCCCCUCAGGAUACGAAUCGGGCUGCACACAGGGCCUUGUGUGGCGGGCGUCGUAGGUCUGACCAUGCCACGGUACUGCCUCUUUGGAGACACGGUGAACACAGCAUCGCGAAUGGAGUCCACAGGCCUGCCUUACAGAAUUCAUGUCAGCCAAAGUACAGUGGAUACACUUCGGACUCUAAAUGAAGGCUAUGAAAUCGUACCUAGGGGAAAAACAGAACUGAAGGGUAAAGGAGUAGAAGACACAUAUUGGCUAGUUGGGAAAAAAGGAUUUCUGAAGCCCUUACCUAAACCUCCUGAAAUAAAGCCAGGCCACAACUGGUCGGGCAUGUUGACCAGGAAACUCAAAUUUGUCCUGAGGAACACGAAGAGGACACUGACAAAAGCAACCUUUAAAGAACUGGGGAGCAUGAAGGAGACUGAAAUGAGUAUUGAAGAGGAAGAAAUCUAAGAAGAGCACACCAAAGAACUAGUAAGACCAGGAUGCUUGAAGUCAACCCCAGUAGAGAAGUCCACACCCUCCAUUUAAUUUCCUCCCAGCCAAAAGCAGUAUAAUUGCUGAAGCCUCUUAGCUUUUGCAGGGGGAGAGCCUGAGCAAGCAGAUGAAGCCCAGUCAUCCUUUCUCAUUGAAAUUGGACACUGGAUCAGAGCUUUAUUCAUCAUGGUUCCAUAUGUGCUUUUUUGACUGAUGUCCAUUGGAAGGAAAGCAAUGGUGCUUUCCUUCAUCAGCACCUCAGUCACAAGGAUGGGCCCAAGGCAUAUUUUAGGUAGGUCAGCGUGGCAGCACAAACACGUCCAGCUGCGUUUGGGUCUGUAUUAGAACAAUAACGGCAACUGUUAACUCAUUAACCAUUUUGCAAUAAAUAGGUUUGUUGUUAUAAUAAAUGCUGGUUAAAAAUGAAGAUCAAUGCAAUUCAGAAGAAAAUGUUUUUGACAACAAGAAAAAAAGAUUUUUACUCCCCCACAAAGGGAAAUUUUGAAUCAAGAGGCUUUGUUGCUGUAUGCCAAUUUAAGCUGAAACAUUUUCUUUUGAAUUGACAUUUCAGCUGCAAAUGCCAUUUUAAUGCUAUUUUCAAACUGAAAUGACUGUUUUGAAAUGAAGCAGUUUGGUAUGAAUCAAUAUUUGUUUCCAAAUGCCAAAAUGUGAUCUGAUCAAAAUGCCAAAACAUGUCAUCUUUGCAAUCCCAGAUCUCAACUGGAAGAACAUUUUUUUCUUUAUAAACACAUACAUAUAGCAUAUCUAAAACAUUUUAUGCUUUUCAUCCCAAAGCAGAAUGAAAAGAGAAUGUCAAGAUACUGGAAAACUGAGAUGCAGAGAAUGAUGUUCUACAGUCCCUUUAGCUGACCGAUACUAAUAAGACUAAUGAAUUUUCUUAGCUGCAGAAGUGAGGUAGAGGGAAGGAAAAGUUCAUUAUUUAAUCAAUAGAAGAAGCCUAAAGAAUCACAGUAUUUUUCCACCCCGAUCUCUAAGUAGUGUCAAAGCCACUAAUAUCCAAAGUAAGCCUCCCAGUGGGUAAAAAUAGCUUUCUACAAAGGGCCAGCAUUUGGCCUGUAGGCACUUCCCACAGAGAACAUUUCAUCAGAGUCAAAAAUUUUUAUUGUUGGCCACUUCUUCUUCCAGAUUUUUUACUUCUGUUCAGUGUCUGGCUUCUAACAGACUUUUGGAAAUUGCUGUUUUCUCUCCAGCCAGGCUGAAGAGAACUGCAGAUAUGGUAAUUUAAUCAAUAUUACCACCAGAAGGUGCUCACUGAAAACACCGAGACCUUUCUCAAGCCCAAUUUGAACUCUUCUCAACGCUGCACCCAGGACAGGUUUUUACCAGUUAGAUGAUAAAUAAUAGUCAACAACCCUCUUACGUUAUUGAAAAUAACUUUAUUAAAGAAGGCAAGCCAAAGUCCACAAAUCUCAGAAGGAUACUAAGUGAACAGCUAAUUCAUCGUAGCAAGUAUAAGAUGUGUACUGUCAAAGUAAAAGCUGUUCAUGCUAUAUCUAUCUGAAGAGCGAAAAUGGGAGGAAAAUCUAUUCAUAUUCUUCAAUACCCAGAUUUUACUCUUUGGCACCUGUCUUUUUGACAGGAGCUAUUUUGGCUAUUUUGAGAUGAAAGUUGGUGUUCCAGAUGAGAGAAGCUGGCCCUUGAAUGACAUUUGUCAAAGGGCUUAUAGGACACUUCAGAUGUCAAACAGGACUGAGAAAAGCUUUCACCAUCUGCAUUCUGCUCACCCCUCCAGUCACAAAGUCAUCCAGGAACAAAGUGCUGUAGAGGAGAUGUGGGCCAAGCAAUUCUCUCUCAAUGUACAUCAACAUACAGUUCCAGGGAGGGAUGUAGACUGGAUUAUUCUGUGCAAAUCUGAGUUUAAAAUCAAAGAAAUUCUGUAUCAUCCUUGUCUUUUUCAUAAUUUUCCCAUGUUAAAAACAUUUGUCAGGGCUGUUCUGUUAUGUAGUGGUGUGGCUUAUGUCAACCUGGCCUUACCUCUCAGGUAAAAACUCUUACCAGGUGGAGCAGACAAAAAGCACAUCUUGUCUAUAGGUGUCUGAUGAUCUCUACCUUCACUGGAUCAUUGGGUUUUCCUUAUAAAUGUCUCUGUGUAUUCAAGACUGGCCUCCAAACGAAGAGAAACACCCACAAAGAUGUGCAGAAGAUUUAUCUGACUAAAUAUAUCUCUGUAAGGUGCAGUCUGAGACACUCACCCAGAGAGAGACCCUAACACCGAAAGGAAGCCAGCACUUCCAGGAGUGUUGCCUAGGCUCCAACAGGCAGGUACCUCUGUGUGCUGGGUGUCUUGGCUCCCAUUAGAGUUAAUGGAGAUCUAAUCAGGAAAUCUGAGGAGCCUAAUGAUUCCACUGAGCCUGAAAUGGGUGCCUGCAUCUGGAUAGUGCAGUCACCACAAUGCUUCACUAUUGGCACAUGGUGCACACAGAGAGAGUCAAAUGGAGAGAAAUGUCUGUCAUGCAAUCCAGCUGCAUAAACAUGGGGACUUCACGCCCUUUAAGAUGUCCUAUAGUAUCUACAAUACCCAGACUGAGCUGAUCAGUAAGACACAGGAGCAGUUUUGUACUGGCAGCUGGAGGCCAGACACAAAACCUUAAGAUCUGAAACAAUGCUAGGCAGAUAUGUUUAAUGAAAUACAUCUUUAAAGUUAGGUGUCUUAACCCCAAAGUGAAGCCCGUCCCAGAUAUCUGCAUUCAAAUGGAUGAAUCAUACCCUAAAAGUACUUGGCAUCAACUGUAACAGAAUCUGCACCAGUCAGUUCAGUGGAGAAACCUACAUCACGGAUGACUAAAGUCAAGCUGGAUGAACCUCACUCCCACAUAGUUCAUCACCAGUUCGGAGGAGGUGCUGGACUCUCUGACAUUUUCCCUGGAAAACUCCAGCAUUGUGCUUGUCUAGAUGGCAAGUAUGUGCUAAUCCUCUCUGAGACACUUCUUAUUCCCAGCACACAGGCAAAGUGGAUGUAAAGGAAAAAGCAUGUGAGCGGAAAAUAUAAAAUCCUGAAAAACUUCUGAUUGAUCCUUUUAUCUGGUAAUGUGACAGCAAGCAGGAGGGAGAAUGACUUUCUACUUCUGAUAUAUGUCAAAUUACACAUUUGUAAAUGCAUGGGGGAAAAAAAACACAACAAACAACAGCAAAAACCAACUCACUUCUUCAGACUACUGCUAUGUAUGUAUUCUCUCAACAUCUACACAUAUGUACAGAUAUAUAUUUGAAUUUUGGGGUACCUAGUGUUUUUUUUUUUAGUCUAAGACAAUUUAAAGAAAAUGUUGGGUAGCAGUAAACUGAAUUCUUCAGCUGAAGAGCAUUUAAACAAGAAGAUUUCAAUCUGCCCUUCUGCACACAGUUUUUGAAUUCCUUCUUCAGCAUGCUGUCUUCAAAAAUAAACAGCAUUCUUUGAAUUUAUUAAAAAUGCAUAAAAUAGUAGAUCUGUGGGAAAGGAGAGCAGAAAAGCAAAGUUCUGAUCACUGACGACUUUAGUAAUCCCAGGAUAAUUCUUAAUUCUCUUUGAAGCCAGUGUGUUUUUUUUCCCCUCUUAAUUUCAACAGGAAGAAGCCAAGGACUCAUCCCCAAGUGUGAUAACCUCUGCUGUUAAAAAGCCAUAAAAUAUAUUUAUAUUUUCCUGGUAUUGUUCUGUUUAGACAGGUUUAAGUUCACUCGUGAGAUUUCUUCCCACACUAAACAUAAUUACUGUAUCACACUCCUCUCUUGUUAUUCUGCUCCUAAAAAUAGUGUUUGAAUGUUAUGAUGUUAAGAUGGGGCCUGGAAGCAGCAAAUGUAAAUCUUGUAGCUCUGCAGCCAACUUUUCAGGUGAUUGUGGACAGGUCGCUUGGCUGAUCUCUUGGAUAGUGAAGCACCCACUCUAGAAAACAUGAUAGGAGGAGGGUUUACUGUUAAUGUUAUACGGUGAAUUUUAAUGUAAUCAUGCAAAUCUGCUGACAGCUGUAAAAGAUGUACUUAUGCACAAUAUAAACCAUCUGAAUAUAGUUUAUAUUUCAUACAGGAUCUACAGUAUUUUUAGUAGUGAAUUAAAACCAAAUGCCAAUAAAGAUCCUUGGAGACCUAUCCUUCCACAUGAAAAUCUUGUUCUUCUACGUGUCUUUACCUUUAUCUCAGAUUACUUUUCAGCUCUCUCUGCAGAUAAGGUACCUAUAGAGAACCCCAUAUAUUCACUCCAUUAUUAAUUAAUUUAGAGGCAGAACCCAACAAGGUCUCAAAAUAAGCAGGCAGUGGAAGUAUGAGGAGAUGCAGAAGAACCUAAGGAUGGUAUGGAGCAGCCAUGGCAUGGGUGGGUGUCAAAACAGCUGCAAGAACCUAUAUCUGGGAAAGCUGCCUGUACUAGGGGAUACUGCAAUGGUGAGGGAGUAACGUCACUCCCCACAGCACAUUGCUCACUGGAAAAUAUCAAGAUCCUGCUCUGGGGCUUGGGACUGCAGCAGGGUGGCAGCAGGAGUAAGGCUGUGGGUAAUUUUGCAGCAUUACCCCUCUUUGAAAGCACGAAACUAUGUUGUCUCUGUCCUGGCAUCCUCAUGCAACAACACCUUCCCUGAAGCUCUGGUUAUUUUCCUUGGCAUCACAGAGAUUUGUCCUCCAGUGGUGAGGUCAGGGACAGCUCCAUGGUCACUGCAGCAGGUGCCCUCCCUUCUCUACAACCUCCUGUCCUCACAACAGCAAUGCAUUUGCCCCUUUGUCAAAUGAAUGGGAGACAUCAGAGCAACCUGCCCCCUUCUGUCUGUGUGACUGUCCUGGAUGCAUCAGCUGGAUGCAAGUCCAUGGGCAUCACCGAUGAAAGAUGGGCAAAGGAUUUCUUACCCCUGUAGUCACACAUCUUUUUGUUCCCCUUUGGUCACGCCACAAAGUCCUAGAAUGACACUCAUUUCUGACCUCAUCUGUGACAAAAAUAAUCAUUUUGAAUAAAAGUGGUGAAGCUUUUCAGUGCUUGUCCCACCCCUGGUCUUUGUGCAAUGACCUUCUCCAUGUUCUGUGCAGAGCAAGAAACAUCUACCACUUUCCCUCUGAUGCUCAUUACCUUGCAGCUGUUGGUAUUGUUUCAUUUACCAUCCUUUUCCUCACUCACAACAGUUCCUCACAGCCAUGAUAUCUGGCUUCAUGGUAUCUGCAGAUCUCAGUCUGCCUUGGUUCUCCUUCCUUCCUCCCUGACCAAUAUCUUUGAGCACCUCUAAACUCUACUGAACAGCACGGGACCCAGCAGGGAUCAUCAAGAACCACCCACAAACGUUGUUGCACAAUUAAACCUGAUGAUUCAAUUCUGAUCUUUGCUUCCUGCCUCCAUUCCAUGAUAUUUGCCACUCAUUGCUUGGAGGAACACAGCCUCCUUAAACGUAAGACCUGUUUAAGAUCUCAUGAAAGCCAAUAAAAAUUUUAUCAGCUGGUUGUCCUUUCACUGUCAGACUAAAAGGUGUUUUUUUUGUUUGUUUGUUUUUUUGUUUGUUUUUUUUCAAAUGAAUUAAAUCCCCCUUUUGCCACUCUUUCUCCUUGACUUGGUCCAUGAAGCAAACUAGAUAGUACAGGCUGCAGGCACAGUUCAACAACUGUACAACAGACCUUGGAUAUAAAUAUGCUCGGAUUCGAAAAGCGAGAUGUCUAAACAUUUUUCAUUAGCAUAAGUGGAGAAGCUCAGGGAAGGUCAAUACCAAUUUGGGCCAAGGACCAAAGCUGUCGUACGUUAUUUCUGUGUAGGUUGGAUGUCCAAACGAAAUCCACAAUGCGGAGCAUGAAAUUCAAGUUGGUCUCGAACACAAGGCAUUUAUUAGCAUUGAAGUUUUCUCUCUUACUGUUUCUAGAACUUGCCAAGCUGUGAAUAUUCCACAGUUUCCAAAUGGAAAACGCUCUGGUUGUCUACCAUUAUCUGCCAGACCCCUCAGCUGCCUGUCUGUGGGGCGAUCCCAGCCACCCAGCCCAGCCUCUCAUUGCAAAGCAGCCCCGGAGGCAGAUGUCUCAGAU